GUCAUUUUUACACUAAAUUGUUUAGAUCUUGAGUGUCAAUUGUAGUUGAAGAGCAGUCGAAAAAGGUCAAUAAAGAACAGACAUUCCUUAAAUAAAAAUAAUUUAUUUUAGUGUUGUUAGUGAAAAAAUUAAAGUCGAAUAAAAAAUAAAAAAAGUGAAGUGUAAAGUAAUUUAUAAGGUAUACAUUAAUACCAUAAUAAUCAAUCAAUAUAAUAUUAACGUUAAAAAAUUUUGAAAGUGAAAUAAAACAAAUAAUAAUAAAGAAGUUAUAAUAAUAAAAAAUAAAAACAAAUGAAGGUAGCUAAGAAAAUUGUAGGUAGGAGACCGAACCCAAAACGAAUUAAAAAGACUUGCUACAAUCAAGUAUAUACAGAAAAGGCAUGUAAAUGCGAAGAUAAGGAAGCUUUAAAGGCUUUCUUCGAAGAACUGAUGGAAAGAAAAAUGAGCCAAAUUUCUGCACAGUACCAAGAGCUCCUAGAAGAAGUAGCGCAACAGAAAGUCCUCAUUCAGGAGCUUCUGAAAGAACGCACCGACGACUCAUCGAUAAUGAGAGAAUUUCCAAUUAAAAACAAAACAGAUUUGGGCCGAAUUAAUGAAAAUAUAGAAGUUCGCGGAAAGAAGAACUACAUCAAAUGUAUGACUCAAAUUCUCCAGGGUUCUGGAGUGGUGAAAAACCUGAAGAAUAUUAUAACAGACGAAUUGGCCAUGCAGUACAAUAUUAAUGGAGUGUUGGGCAAAGAUUCGCUCAAAGGCUUUACAAAUUUUUUCGACGCCCUUAUUGAGUCCAUUCCUACCGGGAUAGACGCUGGAUCGCCAGAAAAUCAACUGCGCCAAGCCCUUCAGCGUCAAAAAAAACGCGUAAUAAAAAAAAAUCAUUUGCUCUGCUUGUUACAACCAUUAACACUACCCGGUACAGCUGCAGAGAGUCGAGGAUAUGGAUUGAAUAACAAUUUGUGGAUGAAGUUCGUUUCAUGUCCGCUUAUCUCGCCUCUUUCGCCGAUGCCGACGCCGUCGAACCGUCCACACAAGACCUACUACAAAAUCAAAGCACAGUCCUCGAUGGAUACAUGA